UUAUUAUGUUUCUACGUUUGUCUCGCCGAAGUUCGCUGUGUUCAGACGUUCGUGGUCGCUCGACACAGUCGCCGUUAUCCCGUGACCGUCGUCUUUCAACCGUUCAACAUUUCACCACGAUUCGUAAACAGUGCCUUGGAACGGCAAACAUUGCGCGAGUGUUGUUUGUCCGCUGUUCUAACCGAGACGCUGCCCACGAACGCUGUCUCGUCCGAGGAGGCGGCCGCCGCCGUUGGUUCACCUUGUCGCACGAACAGAAAUUUUUCGGCUACCGACGGCGAUUCCGACAAAAUGCAGUCUUCGUCCCUGGAAGAGGAUUUGCAGGGGAUACUGCCUGGUCGACCGCCUGGUGGUUACCGUUUCCUCCCCCUCCCCCAGAGACGCCACAACCGGUGUACUAUCUUUUGUCUAAAAAAGCUCUCGUCUCGCAGGGCCUCCCGUAGAAGAUAUCGUAUCCGUUAGAACCGUGAUUAGUAUUUUUGUGGGACUGGUGCCAUCGUAGUUUUCGUUCACCGGUUUGUGUGCAUGGGCGUACGCGGUCCGUGUUUUAUCUCGUAAAAACGGUGAAGCUGUUUAAAGUAUCUGGUCUUUUCGUUUUGAAACCUAUGUAAACUUUGUUCGAACAGUCGGCACUCCAAUGCCGAUUGUUAACUUCACCGUAUUGGGUGUUAAGAUUGUCCCAUGCGUUCUUGAACCAUUGUCGAAGCUCGUUUUUAAUUCUCGGGUUAAGGAUUAGGAGUGCAGUAGACUCCUGAUUGGUCCGGUUAGACUUCAAUUGCGACAUUUAAAAACACAAACUGUAUGUAAAACAAAGUAAAAAUAAAUCAUGGCAACUGAUUCUGAACAAGAGAGGUCUUCAACAGCAACUUCCAACACUUGUUUAAUUUGUGAUGGUAGCACUGGUGUAUCAGCUCGGAAUGCUAUUUCUAUAUUUCAGCAUCGUGUAACUUCUUCAGAUCGGACCGUUGUGAAAGUAAUCGAUGGUGUUCUUGGUAUAACUCUAUCUUCUGAAGAUGUACAUUCUAUUGUUGUUUGCCGUCGGUGUUUUAAAUCUCUUAAUGAGGUUGAUGAACUCGAAGAUCGAUUAGCUGACAUUAAAUUAGAGCUUACCACUCAAUAUCAACGUACUCUAAAGAGUAAAUCUGAAGGUGUAGAUAUACAGACAAUAGAAACUGUGGAUAUUGAACACGAAGCUGAUCCCCCAAAACCAGUUAAAAAACGAGGACGUCGUCCCAAGAUAAAAGAUGAAACUAUUGAAUUACCGGUUCCUCUUACAGAAGUUAUCAAAGAUGAAGUCAAUAACAAAGAGAAUGAAAAACAGCAAAAAUGUUCAUCAGUAGAGAAUUUAAUAGAGAUGUUAGAAAACGAUGAGAAUGAUAGUAAAGUGAAUGAUAGAUGUGCUGUCAUUGACAUUGAUGAAGAUUGUUCUCAAAAAAUGAUUCAGCCUGCUGAUAUCAAACAGGAAGCAAUGCACCCAGAUUUGGAAAAUAUUGAAAAUCUAAAUGCUGAUGAUUUAGAAGAUGGUGCAAUACUAGAUGAUGACGAUGAUGAUGACGAUGAUGAUGAUGAUGAUGAUUCAGAUUAUGAAGGAAAUGAUGAUUCAAAAAAUGAUGAAGAGUCUAACAAUCCUAAAAAACCAAAAGUCACUAAAAAUACUGUUAAAAAAAAAGCUCCAGAAAUUCUCAUACCCCAAAUGUUGGUUCAUCAUGAUGGUGAAGUUUACACUUGUCUAUUGUGUAGUGUUGAUAACAAAUUUACUGCAGAUGCAAGAGGUAUUGUUGUUCAUGCAAAAAAUGUACAUCAAAUUAAAUUAUUUAUUUGUGAUAUAUGUGGACAAGAAUUUCUUAAAAGACCUGAAUUAAUGAAACAUUUAGAACAUCAUGCAAAUAGUGAAGAUGGCAAUUUUGUUUGUGAUAUAUGUAGUAGAGUAUUUACUAAUGUUCGUAUGUUUAGGGUCCAUAAGAAAAUGCAUAUGCCUCAAUCUAAAAAUCACACUUGUGAAACUUGUGGACGUCAAUUUGCAUCUCGUAAUACUUUAGAAGAACACAACAAUACACAUACUGGUGUGCGUCCUUAUCGUUGUGACAUUUGUGGGAAAGAUUUUACUUCUAAGUAUACAUUUAAAGCACAUGAAAAGGUUCACACAAAUCGUGAACGCAACUUUACUUGCAUUAAUUGUGGCAAAGCUUUUCUAACUGAGCAAAAUCUUAUUCAUCAUGAACGAACACAUUCCGGACUUAAAAAUUAUGUUUGUCAAAAAUGUGGCAAAGCUUUUGGUACUGCGCGCAAUCUGGAAGUACAUUAUGUUGUGCAUACCGGUUACAAACCAUUUAUUUGUCGUAUGUGUGGUAAAGCAUUUGCUAGAAAAGCUGAGAUUAGAGAUCAUGAAAGAAUUCAUACGGGAGAAAAACCAUACCAGUGUGAAUUCUGUGGAGCAACAUUUAGUCAACGAAGCAAUUUGCAAUCUCAUAAGCGAGCAACUCAUUAUGAUGAUAAACGUUAUAAAUGUACUGAUUGUGGUAAAGGAUUUAAGAGACGUCGUUUAUUAGAUUAUCAUAUGAAAGCUGCACAUACUGGUGAAAGACCAUUCAAAUGUGAAGUCUGUCAAGCAUCAUUUAUUUAUCCAGAACAUUUUAAAAAACAUGCACGUAUUCAUACUGGAGAAAAACCAUAUUUAUGUGAAGUUUGUGGUAAAGCAUUUAAUAGUAGGGACAAUAGGAAUGCUCAUCGUUUUGUACACAGUGAUAAAAAACCUUAUGAAUGUUUGGUAUGUGGUGCCGGAUUUAUGCGUAAACCGUUACUUUACAACCACAUGACUCAAGCUGGCCAUUUGAAUGAUACUAUUGUUGUAAAUCAACCACGGUUAGCAUCAAGUCCAGUUAAUAUACAGGAAAUGCAAGAGGAAAUUCAAAUGCCUGGUACAGAUUCUGAAAUGGAAUUAGCCAUGGUUGUUGAUUCUGAUGGAAAUCAAACAGCAUUGCGUGACAUGACUGAAGAAGAAAGAAAAUUGUUUACUGGAGAAUUGAAAGAGCAUAUCUUAUUGCCAAGCAAGCAAGAAGUGCUUGAUAAUGAUUUGAAUUCUGUCGAGCAAAUACUUGUUGAUAAUAAAUACCAAAUUCAAUACACUACUACUGACCAGCAUGGUGAUGUUCAUACUAUGUUGAACAUGGAUCACCAUGGAGAUGACGCAGAGGUCGUGGAUGUUGGACAUAUGGAGACUGUGACUGUUAGUGUUGGUGGUCAAGAACACCGACAAUUAAUUGUACCAGCUACUCGUCAUAUAACAUUAAAUGAAAGUGAUGCAGCUGCAUUUGCAGAACAUGCAACUAUAAAUGGAGAAAAUGUACAAAUAGUACAGAUUCAAAUUCAAGAUGACGACGGAGAAGACCAAAAACAUUGGUUUAACAUUAUUCAACCACAACAAGGAUAA